AUGCCGGUGCCGUCGAAGGAGGAUCCGUUGAUGGUCCUGUACAACCAUUACCUUGGCCUCUUGCGUUCCCGUAUACGCCGCACCCCGAAAUCUGUCAAAAUUGCUGCUACCGCUGCCCUCGUCCUGUCCAUCCUCUUCUCUAGCUAUGGCGGUUUCAAGUGGUGGCAGGCUCGUUCAAAGGAGAAGGCGCAGGGACGGGCUUUGGUCCGCAAGAAUAGUGGUUUAAGAGGGAAGGGAGGAGAACGCAUCAUAUAUGUGCCCAAAGGCGACACCACUUCCAAAGUUAUCAUCCAUCCCACACGCUCGACCACGUUCGAUGCCCAUCGCAGACUGUUUCUCAUGCCUCCACGGGUCACUCGGUUGGCUAGUGGUACUUCAACUCCGGCGUAUGGCCAUCCCCCCGCGCAGACAAAGCCUGGCCUCAACCUGGCUUUCCUCCACCAAUUCCUCAGUCUAGCGAACAUCAUGAUACCGAGAUUCCGGAGCAAGGAGACUGCGUUACUGCUGAGCCAUGCCGUCUUCCUAAUCUUGAGGACAUACUUGUCUCUACUGGUCGCGAGGCUGGACGGCGCAAUCGUCCGAGACCUGGUCGGAGGGCAUGGAAAGCAGUUCCUGCUCGGGCUUCUAAGAUGGCUUUCCAUCGGCACGUUGGCCUCGUACACAAACUCGAUGAUCAAAUUCCUCCAAUCUAAAAUAUCGAUUGCCUUCCGCACGCGGCUAACGAGAUAUAUCCACGAUCUCUACCUGAACUCAAACCUGACCUAUUACAAACUCACGAAUCUAGACGGUGGAGUCGAAGGCGCAGACCAGUUCAUCACACAAGAUCUGACACUAUUUUGUACAGCAGCAGCAUCAUUGUAUUCUUCUCUUGGAAAACCCCUGGUGGACAUUUUUGUCUUUAACUACCAACUCUACCGAUCACUCGGUCCUUUGGCUCUUACCGGCCUUUUGGUUAAUUACUUUGGCACAGCUACCAUGCUUCGGAGGCUCUCCCCGCCCUUUGGGAAACUGAAGGCGGUGGAGGGCAAGAAAGAAGGAGACUUCCGGGGUCUCCAUGCCAGAUUAAUCGCCAACGCAGAGGAGGUCGCCUUUUACGGUGGUGCUGACGUCGAAAAGGUCUACCUCGAUAAAUCAUUCAAAGAACUCCGAAGCUGGAUGGAGGGAAUUUACAACGUCAAAGUCCGGUAUAAUAUGCUUGAAGACUUUAUUCUGAAGUACUCAUGGUCCGCUUUUGGUUAUAUCAUUACCUCCAUUCCCGUUUACCUGCCUGCCUGGGCCGGGCUGAAUGCUAUUCUCGAAGCUACUUCAAGCUCGGGUAAAGAGGCAGCGGAAUCUUCUCGGUCUGGGACUUACAUGAAAGAAUUCACUACCAACAAGAGACUCAUGCUCUCACUUGCUGAUGCGGGUGGUCGGAUGAUGUACAGCAUCAAAGACCUCUCUGAACUGGCUGGCUACACCUCACGAGUGUACCAACUCAUCUCAACACUUCAUCGCGUACACGCCAACGCCUAUGCGCCCGUCAGCCGCCGAGCCUCUCAAAUAAUAGAGCUCUUCUCGCUUGCGGACGUACAAGGCACGAUCCAAUACGGCUUCGACGGCGUCCGCUUUGAGGAUGUCCCUGUCGUGGCACCGGGCUUGUGGCCCUAUGGUGGUGACGAGCUGAUUGAAUCUCUCUCUUUUGUUGUCCACAGUGGCGAACAUCUCCUGAUAUCAGGAUCCAACGGUGUUGGUAAAUCCGCCAUUUCCCGCAUUGUUGGGGGGCUUUGGCCUGUCUACCGCGGAUUGGUCUCACGACCUCGAAACAACGGCAUGGAUGGAAUCAUGGUUCUCCCUCAACGACCGUACCUCAGCAUUGGGACUCUAAGAGACCAAGUCAUCUAUCCGCAUACGGAGAUGGAUAUGCGGGAGAACGAUCGACGGGAUAGUGAGCUCGAGCGGAUUUUAGAGGAAGCCAAGCUCGGCCACUUGCUCUCGAGAGAAGGCGGUUGGGAUACGCGCAAGGAGUGGAAGGAUGUGCUCUCUGGAGGCGAGAAACAGCGCAUGGCCAUUGCUCGGCUGUUCUACCAUGAGCCCAAAUACGCGUUCCUCGAUGAGGGAACUUCUGCCGUAUCCUCAGAUGUUGAAGGCUUGCUUUAUGAGCGGUGUAAGGAGAAGGGUAUCACAGUCAUAACUCUAUCCACACGUGCAAGUCUUCGCAAGUACCACACAUUCAACCUAGUCCUGGGCCUUGGUGAGGAAGGAUUUGAUUGGGAGCUGGUCCGAAUCGGCACCGAGGAGGAGAAGUUGGGUGUGGAAAAGGAGAUUGCUGAGUUGAAGGAGAAGCUGGCUAUGGUGAAAACCUGGGAGAAGAGGAGAAACGAGAUUCAGGAUGAGCUGAAUCACGUCUUUGUUGUUGGGGAUGGGCAAGGCAUGCAACAAAAGGGGCCCUUGGAACGACCAGACUAUAUUGGAGAGGAUGCUGAGUCGCAACAGGAGACUCAGUGA